UGAUUGCGGUUGUACACCGCCUGUCACUGUGUGAGGGCUGUCGCCUUCUCGGUUAUUGACAAAUUGAGGUUGCCCUGGGUUGCUUUUAUUCUUCGUUAAUCGUUUACAUAACAAACAUGGAAUCAGAUGCAGAUGAAUGCCUUAUUUUCCAGCAAGAUGAUUUAUUUUCUCAGGGCUUUCCUGUCAUGGAAGAAAUUAGGAGACAAGGAAAAUUAUGUGAUGUAACAUUAAAGGUUGACUCGCAAUCAUUCAGUGCUCACAAAAUUGUUCUUGCUGCUAAUAUACCAUAUUUUCAUGCCAUGUUUACACAUGAUAUGGUGGAACAAAAGCAAAGAGAUAUCACAAUUCAAGGAAUUGAAGCUACUGCAUUAGAGGCAAUGAUAAAUUUUGCAUACAGUGGACGUAUAAUAAUCGAUAACAACAAUGUACAAUCAUUAAUGGUGGGUGCUUCAUUUCUUCAGUUGACUAAAGUAAGAGAUGCUUGCUCAGAAUUCUUGAAAAAAAGGUUUCAUCCAAACAAUGUCCUUGGCAUUAGAACAUUUGCAGACACUUUGGGAUGUGUUCCAUUAGUUGAAGCAUCUGACAAAUUUAUUCAAAAACAUUUCCGAGAUGUGUCAGCUUCUGAAGAAUACUUACUGCUAAGUCGUUCUGAUCUCUUAGAUAUUGUGAAACGUGAUGAGUUGUGUGUCCUGUCAGAAGAGCAGGUGUUUGAAGCAAUUAUGAGAUGGGUUAAGAAAGAUCCAGAGGCCCGCAAAUGGGAUUUGCCCCAACUCCUUUCAAACGUACGAAUGCCCCUUCUCACUCCACAUUAUUUGGCUGACCAUGUAGCGGCUGAAGAAUUGAUCCGCUCUUCUCAUGAAUGUCGAGACUUGCUGGAUGAAGCGCGGGAUUAUCAUCUUAUGCCUGAAAGAAGACCAUUGCUACAGAGCUUUCGGACACGACCACGGUGUUGCAAUUACAUCAUUGGUCAUAUUUUUGCUGUGGGAGGCCUCACAAAAUCAGGUGAUUCCCUUAGCACGGUGGAAGUGUACGAUCCCAUCAUCAGCCGCUGGCAGCUGGCCGAGGCAAUGACGAUGCUAAGAAGUCGGGUGGGUGUUGCUGUCAUGCGAAAUAGGCUGUAUGCAUUUGGUGGAUACAACGGUACUGAGAGACUCUCCACUGUAGAGGUUUUUGACCCGCAGAAAAGGAUUUGGAGUCGGGUGUCCUCAAUGCACUGUAAACGCAGUGCUGUUGGUGUUGCUGCUUUGAAUGAUUGUCUGUAUGUCUGUGGAGGUUAUGAUGGUGUUACAUCACUUAAUACAGUUGAGUGUUAUAUGCCUGAUAAAGAUGAAUGGACAAUUGUGGCCAGUAUGAAUAAGCAUCGCAGUGCUGGAGGUGUCGUCGCUUUUGAGGGCUAUAUAUACGCUCUUGGAGGUCAUGACGGUCUAUCAAUCUUUGAUUCUGUAGAACGAUAUGACCCUCAUUCCGGACAAUGGCGCGGUGCAGUGCCCAUGCUCACUCGGAGGUGUCGACUAGGUGUGGCAACAUUGAAUGGCAAAAUGUAUGUGUGCGGUGGUUAUGAUGGAUCAACGUUCCUGCAAACUGUUGAAAUGUUUGAUCCAGCCACAAAUGAGUGGCGGUUCGUGGCUCCUAUGAAUGUCAUGAGGAGCAGAGUUGCCCUUGUGGCCAAUAUGGGCAAACUGUGGGCUAUUGGUGGUUAUGAUGGUGUGUCCAAUUUAUCCUCUGUUGAAGUCUACGAUCCCAAUAUGGACACUUGGUCAUUUGUGGCGUCCAUGUGUGCCCACGAAGGAGGUGUUGGUGUAGGAGUCAUACCGGUGUGCUAAAUCAACGAUGUACAUCUUGUCCUUUGUUGUUAUUCUGUAUAAUUAAUUUAAGUUCAUUGAAAAAAACAGUACCUGCUGGGGUUUGACUGAGUCAUUUUUUUAAUAAAAAUAUCUAGGAUUAUACGAUAAUCACACAGAUACCUGUUCACAGAUUGUGGUGUAGGGUUUUCUCUUGAGAUUACUGUCUAAUAUAUGGUUACUUUGUGAUGAAUUCUCUUCUGUAUAUUCCUUCUGAUUAUUUAUUGGUAUGUCAUGUGUAUGUUUGGCUCGAAAUAGUCUAGUGUGACUGUUGUGACAAGUUUUUUUUUUUUACAUUUAAGCAUUUGUGUGGGAAACUGUCAGCAAAGUAGGUAUAGUUAAAAGUAAUUUGAUGAAAUUACAUGAUGUGUUUAUAUUUAUUAUUGUAAGGAUUAUUUAAACUUACAUAACAAAAUGGGAAAGUACAUUAAGAAAGUUUAAUGAUACAUUAAAGACUCAAUGUAUUAGUUCCUUAAUUUGAUACUGGGGAGAAAAAGGUACAGGAUGGAAGGGUACUCCUUAACUGGUGUAAGAAUCUUAAGAAACUGUAAAUAAACAGGACUGAAUUUGUCAUUAAACUCUCAAGCAAAAGCAUUAGCAAGCAAAGUCAGCAAAUGGAAAGGAGUUGAAAGUUUGCAGCUGUAUUUAUUUCAACCAAUGGUGAACUCUUUAACUAUUGCUUUCUUUAUGUUCUGCAUUUAAAUCACUAAAGUAAAAGUAUCAUGAGCUUUGUGAUCACUUAAUUGUUCUUUAUGUUCUCUAUGAAUUCUUUUCCAAUCAAAGGAAUGGAUAAAAUAAUGGAAGUUAUCUUCGUCAACUUAAAUUUUAAUUGAUAAAAAUAAUUUCAAACAUUUUACCCAUUGCAAUUGAAUGGAUGAAAUGUCAACCACCCCACAACAAACAAAUCUCAAAAAACAAAAUAGUGAAAAUUCUGUAAUAUCUGAUAUUGCAAAGAAGCUUUUGACAAGAAAUUGUUCAUCUUUGAUGAUCUGUAUUUGGAAGUGAUGGUAAUCAUGCAUAUACCAUAUUUAUCCAAAUAUAAAUAGGGGUAAAUAUUUACAUGUGAUUCUGAAUGUAAGAUAGUACCUUAAUUUUGAAGAGGCCUCAUGAGAAUUUUUUGAAUAUAUUAAUUCUGACUAUUUACUGAAUAAAACUGCUAAUUGACUACUAGAUAAUUGUCUCAUGAAUGAGAAUGUUAUUACUAAUUGCAUCUCUCAUUGUUUGUUUUUGGUUCUCAUCUCAUAGUGUAAAGUCCUCUAACUUUUUAGGUCCCCUCUGAAAGUUUUGCGCUUUGAAUUUGAAUUUCAAAUGACAUCACUGAAGAAUAUUCUUUGUCACCAUCUGUGUUUGAGCAUCAUUUCGGUGUGCUAUUAUCAAUGUGAUUUUUUUUCAUUUUCAUCUCUUGCAAAAUCACUCACUUGGCAUCAAACCAAAAGUUCAUAUGAUGUUUUCCAUCCCAUAAUGCACAUUGUGUUACAACAACAAUUUUUGUUACUUUCUCAUCCUUACUUUGUAAGUAGAGAAGUAUUGGAAUUGUGCAUGCAGGAAAACAGCAAAUGUUUGACAGAAAAGCGCUUGAAGCCCAGGCCAGGAAAUGAAAAAGUGGAUAAUUCUUGUUCCUGUGUCUAGUGAAUUACUUUCUCUAACACACUUUACUC